AUGCAAAGUUACGGUUCAUCACAGAAGGCUGUCAUCAAGAAUGCUGAUAUGAGUGAAGAGAUGCAGCAAAAGGCGGUUGAUUGCGCUCAAGAUGCUAUGGAAAAAUUUAACAUUGAGAAAGACAUCGCUGCGCACAUCAAGAAGGAAUUUGACAGACUGUUUAAUCCAACAUGGCACUGCAUUGUGGGCCGCAACUUUGGCAGCUAUGUGACUCACGAGACGAAACACUUUAUCUACUUCUACAUGGGUCAGGUUGCCAUUCUCCUCUUUAAGUCUGGCUAG